AUGACGACGUACACUUUUCUCACUAACGCUACAAAUCUCAACAAACCGCGGGCGCGCGCGCAUCAAACGAUUUUUCGUGAAUAUUAUGUGCUUGUGAUCUUAACGCGUCGCAAUACAGAUUACAAAAUGAACAGCACUUUUAUUUUGCGUUCUCCUGCGUGGGAUGUCACUAAAGGAAAAUAUGAAGAGAUCAACUUGCUCCCAUUGAUGGCGACUCCUGGUCCCAUGCUGAUGAUAUUAGCGACAUAUUUACUCUUCGUGCUAAAAAUUGGGCCAACACUUAUGACCAAGAGAGAGCCAUACAAGCUAAAAGUUGUGCUAUUGCUCUACAACGCGUUUCAAGUCAUCCUAUCUGUUUAUAUGGUUUACACGUACUUAUUGAAGAUGCUCCAAAGGGGCUUCGCCCCAACCACCUGUCUUAUGCAUGAUAAGAACGAGAGAGACAACAUUCUAUUUGGCAUUUGGCUGUACUUCGCCGCCAAAGUGACAGAACUCUUAGACACCGUGUUCUUCGUGCUCAGAAAAAAGGACAACCAGGUUACCUUCUUGCAUCUGUACCACCAUUCUGUGAUGAUGUUCGGUACAUGGAUGUACUUGAAAUACUGGCCAUCGUACACACUAUACUUCAUCGGCUUCCUCAACUCGCUCGUACAUGUGUUCAUGUACACUUACUAUGGGCUGUCGGCCCUUGGCCCUAAGGUGUCCAAGUACAUUUUCUGGAAGAAGCAUAUGACCAAAUUUCAGAUGAUUCAAUUCAUCUGCGUAAUAAUACACUACAUUGUAGCCGUGAAUCGAACCGAAUGCCCUCCAUCGAAAGGCGUCGCUCUCUUCGUAGGCUUGAAUACCUUCUUCUUCUUGCUGCUCUUCCUAAACUUUUACAUUCAGAGCUACAAAAGUGGAUUAUUCCGACUAGAUGGAACCGAGGGCUGCAUCAAAGCCUGUAAAAAAGAUAGUGUUAGAGGAGAGAAAAGUAAGAAUUCUUGA